AUGGCUCUUUAUCAGAUUUCUGGACAGUUUACACUUCGACUCUCCUCCUUCAUUAAUGCUGCCCUGUCUCUAACUCUUCUCUUCUGCAGAGGUUAUUCUCAGGAAGCUCCAACAAAGCAAAUAGUGGCUCUGCUGGGUGAUGAUGUUGUUUUACCCUGUUCUCUGGAGCAUCCUGUGGAUGCUUCAAACUUGCAGCUGGAGUGGGCCAGAACUGACCUGACACCAGGGUUUAUCUACAUGUGGGACAAAAAUGAAGAAAAUGUGGAGUUGAAAGAGCCGUCGUACGCUGGAAGAACCUCACUGUCCUUUGAUAAUCUGAAUCAUGGAGACAUCUCACUGAUUCUCUCCAAAGUACAGCUGUCUGAUGAAGGACUGUACAGAUGUUUCAUUCCACAGCUGGGUCAAAGGUCAUAUGUUCAUCUCAUUGUUGGGUCAACUUCUACACCCAUCAUAAAGGUGAUGUCAAAUGACAGCAGCAGGGUGGUGUUACAGUGUGAGUCUGCAGGCUGGUAUCCAGAGCCUGAGCUGCUGUGGUUGGACGGUGAGGGAAACCUCCUCUCUGCUGGACCUACAGAGACCGUCAGAGGUCCUGAUGACCUCUAUACUGUCAGCAGCAGAGUGACUGUGGAGAAGAGACACAGCAACAACAUCACCUGCAGAGUCCAACAGAGGAACACCAACCAGAGCAGAGAGACACACAUACAUGUUCCAGACACCAAGGUGAAUGAAACUGAGCUGAAAACAAUGAAACAAAAACGCAGCAGAGCUCCUGCUGACGACACCGAGACCAAAGAAAUAAAAGAAGAGCCGCCAUCAGAACAGCUGGAAGACGACACAUCUGCUGUUGACAUGAGUGAGGUGAUCAAAGAGGGCGAGGAAAACAAGGAAACAGAGACUCAGAUUACGGCACAGUCAGCCUUAACCAGCAGUGAAAACUAA